UGGAAUAUUCAAACUACAAAUUAAAUAAUACAGGAAAAGUUAACCUAAUUCUCUGCGAGAUGAGAACACAAAACAAAAUAAAAUAAAAUAUAUAGGAAACAAAGGAAAAAUAAUACUAGUAAUUAAUAAAAGGGGGCAGGGCAUGGGAAUCGCAUUUGCAUUUAUAUUCUCCCACUUCUCCUCUCUAUAUAUAAAUACUAACACAAUUCCAAAGUGUGGUCUCAUUCAUCAUAAUAAUCAUAUAGAAUUUCCAACUUUAAAGCUCCAGAGAGAGAGAGAGAGAGACAAAGUAACAAAGAGAAAAGAGAGAGAGAGAUAUGGAAGAGACAAAAUCGAGAUUCAAGAGGAUCUGUGUCUUCUGUGGAAGCAGUUCUGGCAAAAAACCUUCAUACCAAGAAGCUGCCAUUCAAUUGGGUAACGAGUUGGUGGAGAGAAGGAUUGAUUUGGUAUACGGAGGUGGUAGCGUGGGGCUUAUGGGUCUCGUCUCUCAAGCUGUUCAUCAUGGUGGUCGUCAUGUUCUAGGGGUCAUUCCAAAAACCUUGAUGCCAAGAGAGAUAACCGGCGAGACUAUCGGAGAAGUGAAAGCCGUCGCCGAUAUGCAUCAAAGAAAAGCCGAAAUGGCUCGUCAAGCUGACGCUUUCAUUGCCCUUCCUGGUGGGUAUGGUACGUUGGAAGAAUUGCUGGAAGUCAUUACAUGGGCUCAACUCGGUAUCCACCGUAAGCCGGUGGGUCUUCUUAACGUGGAUGGUUACUACAACUCGCUGUUAACGUUUAUUGAUAAGGCUGUGGACGAAGGAUUUAUAUCCCCAAUGGCUCGUAGAAUCAUUGUCUCAGCUCCAAACGCUAAAGAGUUGGUUCGACAACUCGAGGAAUAUGAACCGGAGUUCGAUGAGAUAACCUCGAAAUUGGUUUGGGAUGAAGUGGACCGGCUCAGCUAUGUACCGGGUUCGGAGGUUGCUACCGCUACGUAAGAAUAUAAUAUGGGGAGUUUAUUUUUGGGUAAAAGCAGUGUACAGCGGAAUUAAAGUUUUUUAACAUCAGAAGGAAAGGUCGGAAAGAAGACAAAAGAAAGUAUUGGGGUCGUUUUGAUAACAUUAUUUUGUAGGGGUGGUUAAAUGUGUGAAGUGGAUAAACCACGUGGGUAACUGCUAACCGCGUAUAUACCAAACCCCAUCAUCCCCACUUGUCUUUGUACAUUUUGGUUUAAUGGAAAAAAUGAAGGGUAGGGCCUAUUAUCAACAAAUGACAAAACGAUCCUUUUCUUUUUUUGGUUCUAAUAUUUUUUAUUCAUACCUUCUAUUGUGUUUUUCCUUUUUUCUCGUGUCAAGAUAUAUUUAUUUUAAGAAUUCAAAAUUUUUCUUUUAACGAAAGUUAUCAUACGAUAAUUUUUUAGUAAUCCGAUUGUAGAAUAUUCCGUGUAAUACGUAUACUACAACUUAAUUUUGUUGUCGGCUAAAGAUGGAGAUUAGCUUAAUGA